ACAGUGUGUUUUUGUAGAGAGUCAGUGUGUUUUGUAGACAGACAGUGUGUUUUUGUAGACAGUCAUGUGUUUUGUAGACAGUGUGUUUUCGUAGACAGACAGUGUGUUUUUGUAGACAGACAGUGUGUUUUUGUAGACAGACAGUGUGUUUUUGUAGACAGACACGGUUUUUGUAGACAGACAGUAUUUUCCUGUUACGCUGGUGUUGCUUUAUUCCCGGGAACCUCCUGGUGCGGCCCCAGUGGAGAGUUUAUUGAAAACUGGGGCAGUAACAGUUUACGAAAGUGCGCGUGUGGCGCCGUGAACAGCUGUAGCUCCAGCUGUUACUGUGACGGCAAUCAGACAGCAGCUAUGGUCACAGACAGCGGCAGAAUCAUGGACAAAUCCAACCUUCCAGUCAUCAAGAUCCGCUUCCGUCAGAGUCAGAAGGACAAAGGUCGCCUGGUCUUAGGCCCGGUUGUAUGUUCGGAUUACCCCAUGGAUAUCCCCAGAGAUUGUAACGAGGCCAAGUUUAAGUUCAAGGUCACAGCCAGUGGGCCCAUGUAUAUCGAUCCCGACGGCCGUGGCGGCAGCCAGCCUAUCCUGGUCUACUGCAACUUUCACUCAUUCGCACACCUGGCAAUCACCGUCAUCCGUCCGCUCAGAGAAGUUCUGACACUAACAACAAACGACAGUGAAAUUGUGGAGUACGACGUACCACUGUCUUUCAUCCAAGCUCUUAUUGGAUUGUCAAAGUUCUGCUCCCAGUACGUGGAGUUUCAGUGUAGGAAUUCCGGAGGGGCGUCUGUUAAUGUAACUAGCUCCAACCAACGUCUGCACUACUUCCCUGGCGCUGAUGGGGUGCCUGACACAUGUGCCUGUGGGACAACCCGAUCCUGUGAGAACCCGGGGGAUAAAUGCAACUGUGGUAGAACCGAUGGCAAGGAUCGCAAGGACUUUGGUUACAUCAUCGACAAGGAGCAUCUCCCGGUUGUAGCCGUGGCGGCGGAUGCUGGUGCUGAUGGCACUCGUGUGUUUAAAGUGGGAGUUCUACAGUGCAGUCCAGAGCAGUUUGGUAUCGAACCCAACUGUGAGAAGUACCGAGCACUGGGAGCCAAGGAGAGUCAUACUUAUUUUAUUGACGCAGACGGCGAUGCUGGCGAGAAACCUUUCCCUGUGGAAUGUCAGAUGUUGGUUAAGCCCCCGAAAGGGAUCACAAUUAUUCAUCACAACCUGGAGACUCCUUUUGCAGUUACACCCGAGAGGGUGAAACCAGAAUAUCUGCGUGCUUCGCCGGCUCAGAUUCGAGCCCUAAUGAAAAGAUCAACCAUCUGCACCCAGUCCAUCACCUUCAACUGCUACAGAACCAGCAUCCCGACAUUUGGAGAUACUAUAACAUUUAUUGGAGGAGACGAAAUUCACUACAGUGUACUGGAAUUCUUAACCAGCUGCGGACCCAAUCGUGACCAGUGCAAAUGUAGUCAAGGACAAAGGAGGAGUUCGGACAAUGGAGUCAUCAAUGAUAUGUCGAAGCUGCCAGUGUACGAGAUGGAUUUCUCUGCAGUUCAAGGAUCAAACACCACCAGGGGACGGUUGCAGAUCACACUGGGACCGCUGGCCUGUGUAGACGUGUUCCCUACCUGUGCAAUCAUGAAGCAACAGCUGAGCGGCCAGAAGGCCGUCAAAGGUGAGGCUCCGAUUGUCAACGGAGACUACACCAUCGACCCAGCCGGAACAGGCGGGGUGGACGAGAUGGCCGUGAGGUGUCAGUUUCCUACAACCAUUGUUGACAUUGAGAAUGCCAUUGGAGGUUUGGUCCCCAACCCAGACAACUUGGACACUACCACUUCAGCCUGCUACGACAUCAAGUACAAACACUCAAGCGGAGCCAUCGCUACACCAGCGCAGGUUCUUGCACUGGUUCAGAAAUCUGGCCAAUGUAAACAACAUAUAGAUCUGGAAUGUCUCAAUGCUCCUGUCUCGCAGAUGGUCAACUACACGACAUGCGAUGGCAAAACACAAAAAGGAUGGUUCGGCAGUUUCGGUGAAGACGACAAGUGUGCAUGUGGCGUCAAUGGGAACUGUGCCGGUGGACGUCAUGCUGCGUGUAACUGUGAUCUCACAGACAACAAGAUGCGAUCUGACAGCGGCUCACUCAUCAAGAGCUCUCCGCCGGUGUUGCAAAUCUGCCUUUCUGUUGCUUCGGUGCGGGAUUCCACUUUGACCUCACCAUUGCUGCAGUUCAAGGUUUCAGAAGUCAGAUGUGACACUGAUUUGGGCAUGGAAAGAAACUGCCAGUAUGCCCGCCAAAAAUUGGGACCAAAUGUCAAGGCCGUCCAGGAGAUGCCAACUAUCAUCAACAAGGAAGACCCUGUUCUUGUGGACUGCGUCUUCAAUCCAAAUCCACCGACUGGCUAUAUGGUUCUCAAGACAGUCAACCCGGUGAUCUCCUACGGUAAUCACAGUAAUUCGACGGUGUCUGUAGCUGAUGGCAAUUCAAGGAUCCGUGUAGAUUAUAUCACGCACAAUUUCAAAGCGGUCGUAGCGGCUUUCAUCGACUACCAGUAUUGUACCCAGACGGUCUCCAUUUUCAACGCAUCACUGGAGAAACUGGACCUGAGUGGGGAGUGGGGAUUCUUCAACACGGAUGGGCACAAGUUGGUUGACUUUGAGAAGAGGGGUGAGACAGACAAAGGAUAUCAGAACGUCAAAAAUGAACACGGUGAACUGUUUGAAAAGUUUGGAUCUCCACAUGUUUUUAUAAUGACCAACAAAGAAGAGCUACCAGUGACUCGAAUAGUUCUGUCGGGUUCUGACUUGGUGGUCGUUGCAGGAGAUGUUGUUUGUGUUGAUCUGAUGAAAACCUGCCAGCAGAUCAUGGACAAAAACAGCAGGUCUACGGGACACAGUGGUGGCAAAUUUUACACUAUGGAUGUUGAUGGGCCGGGAGAUCUUGAGCCUUUACCGGUGUCCUGUGAUUUUGAUGACGUCAACAGAAAUGGCGUUUCUGAGAUCUCACUAGCUGGUAUGUGGCUGACACCGGUAGUUGUCACCAACAAGAGAAAGCCAGUCACAUAUCCGGUGACCUACACUGGGGCCACGUACCAACAGAUGAAUGCUUUUGGAGAGCAGUCCCUCUUCUGUUGGCAGGGCGUCUGGUUGCAGAAUAAGUUCUCUGCCAUUGCCAGUUGGCGCAAUCCACCAGCUAUCUAUUACAGUCUGUUUAAUAAUGAACCAUCCAGAAGUUUUGGAACUGGGUCAGAUAUCAGCACCCCAGGCUGUGCCUGCUCCCGCACCGGCACCUGUGUCUCUGGCUAUGCCUGUAACAGUGAUUCCUUGGGGCCAAUGACUUCUGACCAAGGAGUUGUCACUUCCAAGACACACCUGCCCAUAACAAGCCUCAUUGUUGGAGGUCAGAUGAGGUCGAACUCCCUGGUUAAAGCUAAACUAACAGGUUUAAGAUGCAGUUCCUGGUCGUUUGAUUUUCCAGGCGACUGUUCAGAGGCGAAUAAAUUAGGACAGUGGUUCGGGUUUACCUCCAGCUACAGCGGGGAAUUUCCUUUGAGCCCAAACCCUAAAGCCGUGGACUUCUUUCUGGCUUGGUGUGACUUUAACUGGAUACCCAACACAGGAGUCACUGUAGUCAAAGUGGCUGACCCAGUACUUCACUUAACUAAA